AUGGCUCCACAUUGGGAAGAAGAACGCCGUCACCACCAUCAUCAUCACAGUCCUCAUCGUCCUAUUGUUGAAGUGGAUAUAGUGAAUCCUAUGGGGAGGCCCUACGCCCCACCUCCACCGCGUCGUCCUUUUGUUGAAGUGGAUAUAGUAAAUCCGAUGUCUAGACCGUAUGUCCCACCUCCACCACCACGUCCCAUUGUUGAAGUGGAUAUUGUAAAUCCCAUGGCAAGGCCACCACCACGGCCUAUUGUCGAAGUGGAUAUAGUGAAUCCAAUGUCAAGACCAUAUGUACCACCACCACCCCAAAGAGUAACUACAGAAGUUGUAAUAUUACAAAAUUCUCAACAGUAUCCACCACAACCGCGUGUUGAACACUGGGACAAUUCACCACGUUGGUAG